UUAUCUAUCAAUAACCCUUUCCCAAUCAAAAUGUUUUCAUCGGAACCAUAAAUCACUUAAAACGGAUAAAAGAAUUCAAGAUAAGCAGUGUUACCCUAACAAUUCUAAAAAUAAAUAUUUAAAAAAAAAACAUAUUGAAAUAAUUAUCUACCAAAGUUAAACACUUGUUGUACUGAAAGUCACCGGAAGUGUUGACACGUGCCCCAAAUAGCCCACACGUGGACCCACUUACAAGCCACCAAUUACCAGUGUAUUCAAUUAAUAGUGUCAAUAUCUCGGUGAUAUCAUCCGGAGUCAUCAUGUUCUCUUUGGAUAAUUUCGAUUUGGAAGCGACAAUGGCACGCCAUUUCUUUGAGGGCUCCCAGGCCACAAAUGGUUCGUCCUCGUCAAGUUCGGAAUUUUUCUUUGGCGAUGAUAAUAGCACGGAUACCGACGAUGAUGAUGCCUAUAGCAGUGGUUUUAACAGCGAUCAGGAGAAUACCGAAAAGACACGCCCACACAAAACGCGACGCAUGAAAUGCGCCUCACAGGUGGCGCAACAGCGUCAGGCGGCUAAUUUACGUGAACGCCGACGCAUGCAGUCCAUCAAUGAGGCCUUUGAGGGUUUGAGAUCGCACAUACCAACCUUACCCUAUGAGAAGAGGCUCAGUAAAGUGGAUACAUUAAAAUUGGCCAUUAGCUAUAUUACCUUCCUCAGUGAAAUGGUGAAGAAAGAUAAAAAUGGCAACGAACCCGGUCUGACAUUGAAGCGAAAAUAUCAAAAGGAACCACCAAAGAAGAUAAUACUAAAGGAUCGAUCUGGCGGUGUGGCUCAUUCCCUGUCCUGGUAUCGUCGCGGUGAUCGUUAUCCUGGCAGCAAAUUAUAUGCCCGCACCUGGACUCCUGAAGAUCCCAGAUCACAUAUAACCCACUCGGUGGCCCAUCAUCUACAGCAUCAACAACAAAUCUUACAACAACAACAACAAUCUCAAGCCUCUCCCAAUCAACUGAACAACAAUCAUCCGCCAGCUCAUCAACGUUACAAUUCUCCAAAUUCCUGUAGUUCAUCAUCGGAAUCAUCGUCGUUAAAUGAUCAACAACAACAACAACAGCAGCAGCAACAGAAUACAGUGCGAAGUUGUCACGAGCUAUUCAAUGAGAUGCAACAACAACAAAAUGGUUUGGAAAUUUAAGGGAAAAUGGAAGACUUUUUUUUUGGGGGGAAAAGUAAUAGCUGAGGAAGAAAAAACAUGGCAAGGAUUUAGAAAUCAAAUCUUUGAAAA